CCUCGACGACGAGUAUGGAUCAUCAUCAGUACUGGCUACGCACUUGACAGAUGGGAGCGCUGCCAGUGACGGCCUGCCUGCAUCUUGAACAUGGCCCACUGCGAUCUUUUGCUCUCGCCUCCCCGCUAUGAGCGACUCUUCACCUCGUCUCAGCUCGCGUGCUACGAACGAAAACAAGCCGCGUGCAUGGGCAUUGGGUGAAAUUCCGGGACGUUUCCAAGGACGACGUAGGAAGCCAGAGCCCUUCAGGCACCGCUCCAGUGGUCGCGGUCAAUGGUCACAUCAAAGGAGGAGCCGGGAAGCGGUAGACAGUAAUGGAGGUCAUCCAUGUCGCAACGGGCAAAUCAUACGUCGUCAAGAAACUCAGCAAGCUGCAACUGAAGAAGGUCGGGUACGCGACUAUGAAGAAGGACGCCUUGGUGAAGCUGUCAGGGACACAUCCUGGGAUUGUGGGGAUGCACGCUGCUUUGCAGGAUGAUAUCUUCCUCCACGGUGAGCUUGGUUACCCAUAAUGCCAAUGACUCGCUUAAGCGUACACGUUAAGACUUCGUACUAGAGCUCGCUCUCCCCACGGUGUACGCGAUGGCAUACCGCGCAGACUGUCGACGCCGUGCUCUGGGUGUGCAGCAUGGGUAUAGUGCAUAGGGACUUGAAGCCAGAGAACAUGCGGUUGGAUAGCGAGCCCAGGAUCAAACUGAAGGACUUCGGUUCAGUAUGUCUAUCGCCUGACGGCGACCUGUGUGAGUAUGGCCUCCGUAUCCGUUCAAGGGCGGCCACCUGCGAUAUCUACGUGUCUCCAUGCACGUCGGGCUAGUACCUUCAUAGGGAGUGCAGCGUACGUCUCACCCGAGCGCCUCAAUCGAGCCUGGAAGACAACUAGCAGGAGGUGAGUCAAAGUUGUAUUUUGAGGCCAUCUACCUGGACCGCUCUCCCACUAGUUCCGAUACAUGGGCCAUCGGCUGCUCAAACGGACUUCAUGAUCGCAGGCGCCCAAGCCUUCGCAGCAAACAACCCUUUGUAAAGUUUCCGCAAGGUCGAGGCGCUCAACUACACCUGUCCCGAUGGUUUCUACGACGUCGCCAAAGACUUGGUGUGCUCGACCCGUCCGACCGUCUGGGAUCGAGCCCAAGUCGUCCUCGUCCGAACUAGUGCGUCGUUACCCACUGUUCACCGGUCCCGCAUGUCCCACGAGUCUCGAAGUGUCCGGCGGUGCAUCAGUGCGCUGGGACACCCUCUGGACCGAUCCGCAGAUACCUCCAGAAACCGGCGUUAUAGGGCCCGUCGCGACCGCUGUAAUCCCGGACGUCGAGGACGACAGCCUUAGGUACAACAUCGUGCAUGCGUUCACCCUCGUGAAUAUGAACUCCGUUAGCGUCAGCGUGAACGGGGGAUCUGCUGAUGCCUACUGCUGGACCGGCGGACAUGCCUCUUGGCGUUGUAUCGACGGAGGUCGUCGAAUUUGCUGCAGGGGAAAGCACAGACGUCAGACCAGGAUGCAGUUACUGACGACAAAGGCGAUGCAGCCGGUGACCAUACUCUUGACGGGCACACUCGGACUGCUGCUGCUGUCAACGACGGUGAUAUCGGAGUCAGAGAGGUCAACGAUCCGGUGCUCAAUGCAACAGAUCGGUCAAUUUCUAGCUUACUGGCCUCAGGCGAGACCGUCCAUGCUUUCGCGUCCGUCGGGACGCCAAUCCGUUGUGGUCUAUCCAGGUGAUCACGCCCGUGUGCGCUGCUCUUCACCAGCGUACCCCACGUCUGGUGCAUUAUUCUAGAAGACAAGUACAGAUUGUCGAAGAACUUAGGGCCACACAGUCGUUCGUCUUCGCCAGGCGCUUCCGCAAUACAUCUCCAGAGGGCGAGAAGGUUUUGGCGAAGUGCGGAAACAGCGAAAGCUUGUUCCGGGAACGGACUAGGAGGUGUAUGAGUACAACUAUGGUGUAUGUGUACGACUAUUCUGUUCACAAGACCCUCACGAAGUGGGUCUAGGAGAUUACCGUUCUAUCGGAAAGUCAAUGACCG